UGCCCCUCCCCCUCCAGACCUGCUGGGGCGGCCACACAUCGAUCUGUUAGCAGAUGACAGCGCGCCACCGGCAGGGACCUCUGGGGACAGCUGGGAGCUGAAGAGUCGCAGGCAGCGACCCAGCCCGAGUUAAUCAAACUAGCAACAGGAUCGGGAGCGGCGGCGGGAGCGGCGCAUUAUGCGUGAUUACUGACAGGCACCAGCUGCCGCGGCUCCGCGCUAUGUGGACGCCGGCUCCGGAGGCAGAUUCCUGACUAAUCCCGGAGGGCUGGCCCAGCCCCUGCUCGCCGGCAGCGAGGAAGCGAUGACCACUCUCGCCAGCCCAAGUUGAAGUCGCGGGCUGUGCCGAGCCGCAGGGCGCGAUCCCAGCCGCCCGCGGACGAUGAACUGAGGAGCAACAUGUACGGGAAUUACCCGCACUUCAUGAAGUUUCCCGCAGGCUUUGGAGGCUGCCCUGGCCACGCCGGCUCCACCUCCACGAGCCCCUCGGCAGCCUUGUCCACAGGGAAGCCCAUGGACAGCCACCCCAGCUACACAGACACCCCCGUGAGUGCCCCACGGACACUGAGUGCGGUGGGGACCCCGCUCGCUGCCCUGGGCUCCCCGUACCGCGUCAUCACCGCUGCCAUGGGCCCCCCCUCGGGAGCGCUGGCGGCCCCUCCGGGAAUCAAUCUGGUCGCCCCGCCCAGCUCUCAGCUCAACGUGGUCAACAGCGUCAGCAGCUCCGAGGACAUCAAGCCUUUACCAGGGCUUCCUGGGCUUGGAAACAUGAGCUACCCGUCUGCCAGCCCCGGGUCUCUGGUCAAACAUAUCUGUGCCAUCUGUGGGGACAGGUCCUCAGGAAAGCACUACGGGGUGUACAGCUGUGAGGGUUGCAAGGGCUUCUUCAAGAGGACCAUCAGGAAGGACCUCGUCUACACCUGCCGGGACAACAAGGACUGCCUCAUCGACAAGCGCCAGCGCAACCGCUGCCAGUACUGCCGCUACCAGAAGUGCCUGGUCAUGGGCAUGAAGCGGGAGGCCGUGCAGGAAGAGAGACAGAGGAGCCGGGAGCGAGCGGAGAGCGAGGCGGAGUGCGCCAGCGGCGGCCACGAGGACAUGCCGGUGGAGAGGAUCCUGGAAGCCGAGCUGGCUGUGGAACCCAAGACCGAGUCCUGUGGGGACAUGAGCGUGGAGAACUCGACCAACGACCCCGUGACCAACAUCUGCCACGCGGCCGACAAGCAGCUCUUCACGCUCGUCGAGUGGGCCAAGCGCAUCCCCCACUUCUCCGACCUCACCUUGGAGGACCAGGUCAUCCUGCUCCGGGCAGGGUGGAACGAGCUGCUGAUCGCCUCCUUCUCCCACCGCUCGGUCUCGGUGCAGGACGGCAUCCUUCUGGCGACAGGUCUGCACGUCCACCGCAGCAGCGCCCACAGUGCUGGUGUCGGCUCCAUCUUUGACAGAGUCCUAACUGAGCUGGUUUCCAAGAUGAAGGACAUGCAGAUGGACAAGUCGGAGCUGGGCUGCCUGCGUGCCAUCGUGCUGUUCAACCCAGAUGCCAAAGGCCUAUCUAACCCCUCGGAGGUGGAGACCCUGCGGGAGAAGGUCUAUGCUACCUUGGAGGCCUACACCAAGCAGAAGUACCCGGAGCAGCCAGGCAGGUUCGCCAAGCUGCUGCUGCGCCUGCCGGCCCUGCGCUCCAUCGGGCUCAAGUGCCUGGAGCACCUCUUCUUCUUCAAGCUCAUCGGGGACACGCCCAUCGACACCUUCCUCAUGGAGAUGCUGGAGGCCCCGCUGCAGAUCUCCUGAGCCGACCCCGCAGGUGUGCGGCGCACCUGCGCCCUUUCCGCCCCGCCCCUCUGCUCCCCGGAUGCGAUGCUCGUGAUCAAUAAAACCUUUCUCCACUGAGCCUUUCACAGGUGGGGCUUCGCACAGGCGUUAACGGUACCCCACGGGGCUGGGUCUUUCUGGAAGUUUUGGGAACGUGAACCAAGCCUCUGUACAUAGGACUGGUUUAAAUUAUUUUUUCACUUGCCAUGGAAAGCGAACAAAGAACAAAAUAAUAAACAUGAUGUUGGCACUGC